AUGGGUUCAACUACUAAAGGAGCUACUGCCGCCAAGAAGGCUGCUUUGAAAGGUGUCAAUGGUAAAAAAGCCGUCAAAGUAAGAACUUCCACCACUUUUAGAUUACCAAAAACCUUGAAAUUGGCUAGACAACCAAAAUACCAAAGAAAAUCAGUACCACAUUACAACAGAUUGGAUGCUUACAAAGUCAUUGUUGCUCCAAUUGCCACUGAAACUGCAAUGAAGAAGGUUGAAGAUUCAAACACUUUGGUUUUCCAAGUUGACAUUAAAGCUAACAAGCACCAAAUUAAAAAAGCAGUUAAAGAAUUGUACGAUGUUGAUGUUGACUAUGUAAACACUUUGAUUAGACCAAAUGGAACCAAGAAGGCUUACUUGAGAUUAACCGCUGAUCACGAUGCUUUGGAUAUUGCAAACAAGAUUGGUUACAUCUAA